GUUGGGUUCACUAUUGGCACGGUUGUUGCUGUUUGUAUUUCAAGAGAAACAACCCACCCGAACACAGAUAAACUGAAACACUUUUGUUCGGCAUCCUGCUAUCAAUAAUCCGAGGAUGAACCCUGAGUAUGACUAUCUGUUCAAGUUGCUGCUGAUUGGGGACUCUGGUGUGGGAAAGUCAUGUUUACUCCUGCGGUUUGCUGAUGACACCUAUACAGAUAGCUACAUCAGCACUAUUGGAGUAGACUUUAAAAUCAGAACUAUUGAAAUGGAGGGAAAGACUGUCAAACUGCAGAUUUGGGAUACAGCAGGACAGGAGCGAUUUCGCACCAUAACAUCCAGUUAUUAUCGGGGAGCACAUGGGAUUAUAAUUGUCUAUGAUGUCACCGACCAGGAAUCUUUCAACAACGUAAAGCAAUGGUUAGAAGAAAUUGAUCGCUAUGCAUGUGAAAAUGUCUCCAAGUUGCUAGUAGGGAACAAGAGUGAUCUUGCCUCAAAAAAGGUGGUGGACUUUACCACAGCAAAGGAAUUUGCAGACUCCCUUAAAAUCCCACUUUUGGAGACAAGUGCCAAGAAUGCAAACAACGUAGAGAAGGCAUUUUUAACAAUGGCCUCUGAAACACAGAAGAGGCUUGGGACAGACAACAUUCAGAAUGAAACUGUUAAAAUGGGUUCCAAAAUAAACAGCGCCCCCUUAUGGCCUGGAGGAGAGAAAUCAGUAGCUGAAGAGGUCAACUCUUGCUGUUAGUGCUGGAUAUAUACACUAAUUUAAUUUCAGGGCAAUAUAGAAUCAGUUAUUUUCUCAUUUAUGUUUCCUCUUUCUCAUCAAACUAAAUUAUUAUAUAUGCCAUUAUUUAUUGUUUUCAUGUGUUAGAUGUGUUUCAAUGAUGAAGAUUGUGCUACAAUUAAAUGCAUUGCCAGUGUAAAAAAAUUAAUUUGAGAAAUUGAUAAAAAAAAAUGAAAUAAUGUUAUCUGAACAUUAAUUGUUUCUAUAUUAACUACAGACCUAUUUUUAUUUAGUACUAUUUUCAGUACAGUCAAUACCAUAAAAACUUCAGUUUAUUGUUUAUUUAUUUUACUCAUGUAUAUGCAUUCAAAUUGACCCCUUUACUGGGUUAACAGAAAUUGCAUAUAGUUUUGUUUAGAUUACACGUGGUCCAGCGUGUACAGAAGAGACUGCAGAGCAUAUAAGGAAACUAUUCACUCAGACAAACCACAUUGAAAGUUUUAUAAGCAUGCAACAAUUCAUUUUCCAAAAUUUUAGAUUCCCGUCUUUUAAAAUAGUAAUAUUAUAAUAUUCUGUUCUUUAUUAUUUAGCUAAUCAUUUGCUCAAGUAUUUACAGUGUGGCCCAGAUUUUUAAAGAAAAUAAAUAAAAAAUGUAACAUUGUCGUAAUUUCAAUGGAUCUCAGUACUAUAACAUUUAAGCAAUCCCACAAUCAAGGAUGUAUGAUAUAAUAUACAUGUAUUAAAUACUGUAUAUUUAAAUUAUAUUAUAUUUGAUAAUAAUAUUGUCUCAUAUUUAAACAUUUUGAACGUAGCUUAUGUUAAAGAUAAUGUAUACAUUGGCUAUGUAUACUUUGUUAGACUUAGACUAGUUCUGCUGCACUUACGUAUUGCUGUUCUUGUUUUGUCUCUAAUUGCUUCUAUUGUUUACCUCAUUUGUAAGUCACUUUGGACAAAAGCGUCUGCAAAAUGACUAAAUGUAAAUGUAAAGAUUUUUAAUCAUUAAGUUUCAUAAAAAGUUAAUUUGUUAUAUAAUUUCAGUUCUAUUAUGAAAAGCAAUACAGACAAAACAGACCUGAACAU